AAUAAUCUCGAGCUUCGGUCUCCUCUCUCCUCCGCCUCAGAGCGUCGUUCUGCUGACUCAGUGCCUUACAGAGCAGUCCCGAUUCUUCACGCCGUCCGAAACUACAUCUCCUCUUGGCUAACAGCAACGACAACCGCAGCCAUGGCCAAAACCGCAGUCGCUUACAAAGAAAAGGUGCUGGAGCUGCCCCUUGUGUCCUUCAUCUGCUCCUGUCUUUACCCAGAGGCCCGGAACAAGAUAAUGGGCGAGUUUGAAGACAUGAAGGUCACACCCAUUAACAAGCGAACCUCUGGACAAGCUUUUGAAGUGAUCUUAAAGACACCAUCCCCUACAUAUGAGGGGGGCUACAGCAUCACUUCUCCCCCGAAGAAGAGGGACGUUUCUUUGGAAGACAUUCAAAAGAAGCUGGAGGCAGCUGAGGACCGAAGGAGAUCUCAGGAGGCUCAGGUGCUAAAGGCUCUGGCUGAGAAGCGUGAGCAUGAGCGUGAUGUGCUGCUCAAGGCCAUGGAGGAAAACAGCAACUUCAGCAAGAUGGCAGAGGAGAAACUCACCAUUAAAAUGGAGCACAUCAGCAAGAACCGCGAGGCUCUGCUCACAGCCAUGCUGGAGCGCCUGCAGGAGAGGGAGAGACAUGCCCAGGUGGUACGUAGGAACAAGGAACUGCGGGAUGAUCUGAGCGGAGACGAAGAUCUCCAGUUCUAAUAUGUCCCUCAACACCCACCUAACCAAGUCAGAGACCCUUUCUCCCUAUUAUCCAGUCCCACAUAUAGAAAGAGUCUCAUACACACACACACACACACACACACACCCGUUCCCCACUUCCUAACCAGAGGGAGAAGAACAAACCCCAGUCCACACCAACAGCACAUUCCUAUCCCAACCUCUCCUUGCAAAAAAGGUGGGAAAAAAAUAAAAAUAAAUAAAAUUGAGAAGCAUCAUGCAUCAUAUUGCUCCUUAAACAAGAAUGUUUUUGCUCGAGUCAAAAUGAAAUAAGUCAAAGUGGGUAUUGAUUUUUCUUUUUUCUUUCUAUUUUUUUUGUAAAUACUUCUUUUUUGUUUUAUAUAUGAGGCGACAAAAAUAUUGCAUUGUGCCAUUUUAUAGUUUUCUCUCUAUAUAUAUCAAUGGAUGUAUUAAUCUUCUGACUGUAUCACUCCAAUUUGCUGCAGUUUCUCUUGUAACAGGCUUUGGUGUUUGUGAAUUUGCUGGCUAGCUGAUAUUUAGCAGUUUCACCUUUUCAACCCCAAAUGGCCAUGUUUAUAUGUGUGUGUGCAGGUGUGAAGAACAUAUUUAAUUGCAUCACAUCACAAACAUUUUCUGAUUUUCAUGAGUGUGAGAUCACCACACACUAUUAAUGGACACACACACACUGACAUACCGACACACCCUGAUUUCAUUCAUGUUUAUACAUACAUACACACCAUUGGGAUGGUGGGGAUUUAACAAAGAUGACAUCCUGCUCAGGAGGAGCACACUUAAUCUUUAGAUCUUUUCAUCUGUGCCUCAUGGCCAUUUCAGUGCCAUCCAUGAGACAGUCGAUAUUCCAUUCUGUAUAUACCUGUGUUUAUGGGUCUCUCGUUCUAAUCAAAGUAUGCUAGAGAGAAACUAAAGUUGUACCAGGGACUGCUGGAUGUCCGGAGUUAGCAAACCCUUACUGAUAGAGCAUUGAGGCACGAUGGAUAGCAAGGUGAUCUUACCUCCCCACCAAAGUACGUGUGUGCUUGUGUGUGUAGGUGUGUAUGUGUCUAAAGAGACAUGGGUGGACCAUAGGGAGUGUGUCAGUGCUCUUGUGUAAGCCAGGGAUUUGAAACAUCCCCUUGUCACAGACCUUCCCUCUGCACCUUUCUCCUGUUCAUGUGCUUUCUUCCCUUAACACAUGUAUCGAUGUGAGCAAGCUGUGGUGAAUAAAGGUUUGGGGUUCUGUAAAUGAAA